AUGGACUCCGUAUCGAAUUGCACCCUAUUAGAAGUAACAAAGGAACAAAUAUUGGCAGUUCGGAGGGAUUGUAAUUUAGACACGCAGCAGUUAAACGAAAACGUGGACAUACUUGAAAAUUGGUGCAGGAGUCAAGAUCAGUUAGUUGAAGCAUUACCGUAUUUAGGUCGUAAUAUUUUGGAACGUUUUCUGAUAAAAGAAAAAGGAUCCCUUGAACGGGCGAAACAAGCAAUUGAUAAAGCAUUAGCAGUAAGAGGAAUGAUGCCUGAGUUCUUAUUAAACGAAGAAACAAAAAUAACCUUAGAAAAAUUUUACAAUCUUUUUGACAAUGUUUUGAUCACAUCAUUACCAAAAGUCAAUCCUAAAGAUGGCACACGGAUAUUUUUAUCGAGAAUAAUGAACGAUAACUUUGAAGACAUUAACUUGAUAGAAAAGGCAAAGUUUACUGGUUUUUUCUUAGACGUAAGGAUGACGCACGACUACGUUUUCUCCGACAGACUCGUUUUUGAUCUUCAACACCUAAAACCAAGUGUCAUUAAAUUAUUGAAUCCCAUAGUUCUAAAGAAGGUGAAUAUUUUCUUCAUGGGGGCCUACAAAUUUAAAAUAAAAGGUAUUCAUAUCCUAAACGCUCCAUCGUUUUUUGAUAAGGUAUUUUUUAUACUUAAAGGAUUUUUCGAAGAAAAAUUAGUCGAAAGAGUUAAUAUUCAUAGCUCUUACGAAGAUCUGUAUAAACAAAUAUCUAAAGAAAUUCUUCCGAAAGAGUAUGGUGGUGAGAGUAUGAGUUUCGCCGAUUUAAUUGAGGAAUGGAAAAAGUACCUUAAAUCUGAUGUAGGAAAACGUAUCAUAGAAAACUCAAAGAAACUUGUAUCUGACGAGUCAAAACGAAGCUUGUUCAAGUUCGAUGAAGAAUAUUUUGGUUUGCCUGGAUCUUUCAAACAGAUAAAAAUAGAUUAG